UAAUCCUCAUAUCACUAUGUUUACACGGAUUUUUGGUAAACAAAUAUCCUCUUAGUUCGACUAAAGGAAGUUUAGAUUCGGGGUCCUUUUGAGAAAACGCUUUGCCAAAGUGUAGUGUGUGAACGAGUGUAUUCUCGACAACAAUAAACAACUCAAACGAAACUGGACUUUAUUGAAUAUGAGUCGAUUACAAAACAGUCAAGCAAACUAAAAUAGCAUGAAAGCAAAUUUCGACAAAACAAGCUACACACAAGAACUGGAAAUCAACAAACUGAAAUGCAGGGAAACUAAAGCGUUGGUUCUGCAACAUACUCCUCCAUCAUCACGUUCUGCUCUCGAAGUCUCAUUGAUGCGGACGUUUAGAGCUUUUGGUGAAUUUUCAGAGUUUUUAGUUGGGAACCUCUUCUUCUGCUGCUGCUUCCUCUAUUUAUAUUGUUCUUUCCGCCCAUGUUCUUGGCGGUUUUCCUUGGAUGCACGAUGGCUUCGUGGGUUUUGAAUUUUGGCGCCAUACCCCACGUUUAGCCGAUGGUCUUCGCGCACGUGACUCUAUUGCCACGUGGAUGGUUCUGAGUCGUGGGCAACCGUUGCUAUUCGUGGCAUCGUGGGUGUACGCACGUGCUUGUAGUUGCUUGUUAUUCGGUAACUGCCUCUUCCAUUAAGAUGAUCGAGAUUUCUUCAUCUUCUGAGUGUGUCGAGUUAUGGCUUUUACUAACUUGUCUUUGAGGGACAUCGUGUGCUGAGUUGUCGGCUUCGCCCAACCCUUUCUGUCGAGAAACCACUUUUGCACCAUGGUGUCGAGAAUUGUAGUACUUGUAAUUUUGGCUUAACACACUAUCAAAAGUUUAUAGUGAUCAUGGGUCUGAUGUCUCUGUUCGUGAUCCUCAUUUCCUUGUUCAUGGUUGCUCACAAUGUGAACUCAGAGACUUUCACUUUCCCCGGUUUUCAGCUUCCAAACACAAAAGACAUCACCUUCGAAGGCGAUGCCUUUGCAUCAAACGGUGUUCUGGAACUUACGAAGACUGCUUAUGGUGUUCCUCUGCCCAGCAGUUCUGGCAGAGCCUCCUUUGCUGAACCAGUGCACCUUUGGGAUAAGAAAACAGGGGCACUUGCAGCGUUCACCACCUCCUUCACUUUGGAUGUGCAACCAACAAGUUCAGGAUUCCAUGGAGAUGGAAUCGCCUUCUUCAUUGCACCAUUCAACUCUAAAAUCCCGAAAAACUCAACUGGUGGAUUCCUUGGACUCUUCAGCAAGGACUCUGCUUUCGACUCCUACCAAAACCAAAUAGUGGCGGUUGAGUUUGACACCUAUGCGGAUACAUGGGAUCCUUUCACCUCCCACAUAGGCAUUGACAUAAACUCCAUUAUUUCAUCAAAAACCGUGCCGUGGCGAACUGGAAAUUCUUUGAGCACCUCAGCUGCCUUUGCCACCGUGAGCUAUGAACCCGUCACAAAAACAUUGAGUGUGCUGGUGAAGCAGAUAGAUCAGCAGAAGGGUCUGAAAUUUUCUACUAUCACUACUAGUCUCUCGUUUGUGGUUGAUUUGAGGACUAUUCUUCCUGAAUGGGUUAGAGUUGGCUUCUCUGGCGCCACCGGACAGCUGGUCGAACAACACAGGAUUCAUGUUUGGGAUUUCAAAUCAAGCUUCACUUAUUAGACACUAAGGGAUAAAUAAAGAACAAUAAUUUCGGGCCUUCAAAAUAAAACUUGAUGUUCAAAAUUUGCAGCUUGAAACCAUUUGCAAUGAAUUAUAUGAUUGUAUUUCUU